AUGGCAAAAUAUUAUGAUGUUGAUGAUAUAUUGGCAGAAGAAGAGCUUGUUCCAGCUGUAUUUCAACACGCUGCAAAUGGGAUUGGGCUUUUUGACUCGAGCGAUGAUACAAAUAAGGUGGAAGCUGGAUCGAAGGUAGAACUGCCCUUCUGGCUGGUUUGUGAGUUGUAUUUGAGGCAACUCGUCUCCAUUAGGGUCCCACCAUGUUUUGACAAAGAGUCCAAAACACGGGAGGAAAUAGGGGCUGAUGCUGCACAUGUGGAUCUAAGAAGUAGAUGUCCAUAUUUUUAUGAAUUAGGAUGCAAGAUUGCACCACUUAUCGGUGACAAAACGAUUGGGCCGUUCCUUCUAGUUGCAUUUCGGAUCAGAUACAAGGAAGUCCUGAUCAAGGCCCACACCUUGACAUUGACCGUGGCUCCCAAAUACUUGACACUUCUAACCAAUGAAGAAGCUAAAUUGUACGAGGCUGGUCAAUCUUCAAUAGCUGCAUUUAAAAAAUGGCGGAUGGGUGGACCUCGACUCCAGAUAGCCCCUCUUCUUGGGAGAAAGAGGAAACCAACUGGGUAG